GAGCGCAUUCAUGUGGCUAUAGCUGGCAAGACACGUGCAAGCACUUUGAAGCGUUACGUCAAGGCUUGGAAGGACUGGCAGUCAUGGAAGCAUUUGACAUGGGGAGCUGAUUCUUUUGUACACCCUGGCAUGUUCUGUGAAUACCUUUUUACACGUUUCGAUGAACCCUGUGGUGCCACUAUUCCAAAUUUCAUUUGCAAAGCAGUUGCAUGGUUUGAGAAAACAGCUGGUUUGCCGGAGUCAGAAGUUGUUGCAACUACAAAGGCAGUUUGUCAGAUCAGGGAUUACAUAACUGAGAAGUUGGCAGCAGACACCCCGCCCAUCAGAAGGGCUCCACGGUAUCCGGCAGUGGCAGUCGAGUCCUUGGAGAUGGCUGUCAUGGACACGGAACAGACAGUUGGAUUCAGGGUCAUUGCAUGGGUGAAAUUGUUGAAGAUUUGGGGGGCACUUCGUUUUGAUGAUAUGCAGAAAAUCAAACCUGCUGAACUUCAUUUUACAGGACUGUAUGAUUUCAGUCCUGUUUUCCCUGAAGAACUGGCGUCUUUUUGGACGGAACACAGCGAGAGGGCAACACUGCCUACAGCCUUGGCUAUGCUUGGAGUCGAGACCUCAAAGCGUGAUCUGGUAGAUGCAUGGCUUCGGAACAGAAAAACGGAGAUUGCUGAAGAGGAGCGCAGUGAACUGGUCAGCAAGUUAAUGUUGGCAAUGGAUUCUUUUGCAUCAGAUGGCACCUGGGAGCAUCCAGCAGAACAACCUCCUGAAGGAACCGAGGGGGACGUCUUGGAAGAGGUUCAGGCGCAUUUCUUCGAGAAUGGUGUGGUGACGGUGAACAAAUUUUCAUCCUUUUUCAGGGAUGAGCAGGAUUUGAUAGAGGUUUUGCGCACCGAGUUCAACAUCGAUGCAGCAGCUUCACUGGCAGAAAGGGCACAGGUGGCAUCGGUUAUUUGCUCAUGGAAAGAUACUCUUACAAAAGCCAAGCGAAAAGCGGAGGUGGAGGCUGAGAUGAGUACAAGGGAAUGGACUAAACCCAUUCCAGUGGGAGACUACGUCCAACUUAGGAAUUUCUUCCAAACAACUGUGGGACACGUGGAAGAUCGAGUCAUGCCUUCGAAAGAAUACCUUGAGAAAAAGCUGCAAGAACUGGAAAAUGGUGAAUUUCGUGCAGAGACGCUUGCAGAAGUGGUUUCAAAGGAUGAAAUCGACCCGGACGUUUUAGUCCCGAUCUUCGACAGCAAAGGAAGCCUUUCAGUCAAGAAAGGAAGCACCAAUGUACCGCUUCCGACAGGGCCAGAGCAGCUUCGCAGGAGGCUAAACGUGAUGCAGAACUGUUUGAUGAUGUUGGCUCUCAAGCAUGUGAAUAGAGAAGAGAUACAAGAUGUUAGCAAAGAGGUCUUCGAUAAGUACAAGGACUACAUCUUGGGCGACUAUGUUUGGGGGCUCAGCUCAACGGAUCUGAAUGGUCAACAGAUUCAGACGCCACCAUGGAGCCUGGUAUUAUCAUAUGAGCAUGCAAUCAGAAAGCGGGCCUACACGUUGAUGCAGACGGAGAGGCUCAUGAUUGGGGCGGCUUUGGAAAAGGCAUGGAAAUGCCCUACCACGAAAGAGCGGCAUUUCAUUACACUGUUGGCACUGUAUUCAAAGAGAUCAUACACCCCGGGUACAAGCUCAACAAGCCCAGGGACAUGGAACCCGAAAGGAAAAGGAAAAGGCAAGAGCAAGACAAAGGGUCCACAGAAAGGAUCUGGACAGAGUCCCAAUGGUGAGAAGAUAUGCUACAGGUUCAAUGCGGGCAAGUGCAGUUAUCAGAAGUGCAAGUUUGCGCACCUUUGCAGCAAAUGUUUUGCAAAGGGCCACAACGCGUUGAAUUGCAAGGAGAAGCCAACGCCUGUAUGCAAGUUGGUACAAGACAUGGAUACAAUUGUCAUUUUUGAGAAUCCGGAGGAUCUAGGUGAAGAGGGCUGUAAACUGGUGAAAAACGAUGCCUUGUCAUCCCAACUGGUACAAUUGUGGUGCGACAGACUUCAUGGAGAAGGUUACAACACAGAGAACCUUCAACAUGUUGCGGAAGGGCAGCCCUUCAAAUUGCGACUGAUGGAAGCCUUACUGGAUAGGGCUGGGGACCCUGACCACAAAUUUCUUCUGCAGGGAGAAAGCGGCUAUCCGGUUGGGGUGUUACAUCCCCUACCAAGGACGCCACAUAUGUACGAGGAGCAGACUUCAUGGAAGCUGGAAGAUGACCCCUAUAUGAAAGCAGAGAUAUGGAGAAACAACUACGAUUCGGUGGGUGACCAUGAAGAAUUUGUAAGGGAACAUUUUGCAGAAGAGUGCAAAGAAGGCUUGAUGGAGAAACUAACUUUGGAACAAGCACAGGAGAGGUUUGGUUCGAAGGUGGCAAUUUCUUCGCUUGCAGUCUUGGUGGAGGAAUCUCAUGGAAAUAAGAAACGCAUCAUCCACGAUGCGACACACGGGACGAAGGUGAACAAUCGUAUCCGUUGCAGGGAUAAACAAAGGAGUCCUGGAGCCAGGGAGAAGAUGUAUUUGCUUGCGUAUUACAAAGCAAGGGGUGACAUUGUUUUCAGUCUGGUUGGGGAUAUCAGCAAAGCUCACCGACGUUUCCUACACGAACCUUCUGAAUGUGGGCUCUUGGCAUGCAGGGUCAAGAACGAUGAUCCUUUUAUCUUCAUCAACAAGGUUGGAACCUUUGGAGUAGCAUCAGCAAGUUACUGGUGGGGAAGGAUAGCGGCGUCUGGUAUCCGCUUGACCCACGAAUUGCUUGGACCAGAGCGGCCUAUUGAGAUGCUCAUUUUUGCUGAUGAUUUGGAAUCGCUUGGAGCUGGGAUACAAGGUAGAAGGGGCAUAGUAUUAUCCUAUUUGUAUCUUGCGACUAUGGGCUUUCCUUUCAAAUGGGGCAAACAACGGGGUGGCUUGAAGGUGGAAUGGAUCGGUCUUUUUACCGAUUACACUACAAUGAGACUGGGCCUGUCCGAAAGCAGAGCGGCUUGGAUGGAAAAUUGGACAAGAAAGAUGGCUCAGACAGGUCGCACAACAUCAAAGGAGAUGGAACAAGGACUUGGCCGAUUGGGCUUCGCAGCGAACGCCUUGACAUGGGAGAGGCCCUUCUUGGGGCCAUUAUAUGCCUGGUCUGCAGCAGUGAGGACAAAGAAAGGCCUCUUGAAGAUACCGGCAAUGUUACGUACAAUUUUUUGGUUUCUGGCUAAAAGAACUCGAGAUGGGGGCAGCCUACAAGAGCCAACUCCCAUCCGAACUGAUAAUGAAGCAGAUCUCGUUUUCUUUACAGAUGCAAAGGCUACAGAGCAGGGUGCUUGGAUAGGAGGCUUCUUGCAAUCAAAGGAAGGUAGCAUAAUUUCGUGGUUCUCAGAAGAGGUGCAAGAAAGCUGGGCACCGUGGCUUUUUGUUCGUAAAGACCCAAAACGGGUAAUAGCAGCUUUGGAACUAUUGGCUACGUUGGUGGCUGUCAGACUUUGGGCAAAUGGACUACAGAGAGGUGGCAAGGGCCGGUGUUGGGUGAGAGCUGGUACAGAUAACCAAGGAAAUUCUUAUGCAGUCAGCCGGUUGAUGAGUACAAAAUAUCCACUCACGGUGCUGAUCAUGGAGCUCUCAGAGACCCUUCGUGCCCGGAAUUGCGAACUAGAUCUUCAAUGGAUUCCGAGAGAGAAAAACCAACUUGCAGACGAUUUGACAAAUCAGGUUUUCACGAAAUUUCCCAUGGAUUGCCGUGUGCAGUUUGUUGGUGGGGACACCAAAUGGUUGGUCCUCAGUGAACUUAUGGAAAAGGCCAAUGAGUUUCACAUGGAGCUGGCAGCGGAGAAGAAACGUAAGGCCCAAGCCUUCAUCCCCAAGAGCAUGAGUGUGGAGGGCCAGGAGAGGGUGCGUUCCCUUGUUGCUGGAGAGCCCAGAGCUCAGCGCAAGUGGUUGGUGAGGUUCAGACAGGAUUGGGGCGCACGUUUAGGAGAUGGCCCCAAACUUGGGCCACCCAGCGGCCCCAAAAUGAGAACUCACGAGCUGCAGCUGCCCAUUUUGUGCGCGGGUGGGGGGCGGCGGUCGAAGCCCAAAGCGCACAGUGACGCUAGUGUUGAAGAGCUGGUGGAGGAUGUUGUCUGGUCUUGUCAAGAUGGAUUGGCAGAAACUGCCUCAUUGAUGGACCAAGUUUUGGCUGCCCGCUAUGUGCUUGAAUACAAGUUAUUCCAUUGGCUGUAUUAUCAGAACACCGUGCAAGGAGUUGCACCCACCCGGUCGCAGCUAGUGGAAAAGGCCCAAGCCUUCACCCCCAAGAGCAUGAGUGUGGAGGGCCAGGAGAGGGUGCGUUCCCUUGUUGCUGGAGAGCCCAGAGCUCAGCGCAAGUGGUUGGUGAGGUUCAGACAGGAUUGGGGCGCACGUUUAGGUAUCCUGAGAGUGCAAGAUGCAUUGCCGGUGGAUGUCUUGCAAGCAAAGGCAGCAUUGUUUGUGAAAGUUGUAACGUAUUUUUCUGAGAGAGUGCCGAAAGCUUGGAUAGAAAAGUGCUUGGCUGAAUCCAGUCACCCCAUUUGCGAGCUCGAGUUGCUCGCAGUUUUGGGGUGCACUUUGUCUUUGGGAGCGAUUGAUCCGCAGCAGUCAAUGCGUGUCACAGACAACGAAGCAGCAAAAGGGACACUGAUCAAUGCGACAAGCACUACCUUUGGAAAGCAGAUCUGUGGUCAGAGAAAUGCAGGUGAUGUUUUCGCGGGUUCUGCAGAAGCGGUCAAUGGCGCAACUGCUUCUGCCAGUUCAGAGCGCUGGGAGGAGAAGAGGGCGGCAGCUCACUCUCAAGAUGUUGGCGUGGCUCUUGGUGAGAACUCGGUUUUUGCAGCAGGUGAGAGUUUUGACGAAUGUUUGGUCAAGACAGAGACCCAGUGCGGAGUGGCUGGGCCGGAUGCCGUUUCAGUUGCAUCAUCACCAGAUGGUACUGCAUUGGAGCCUGAGAAGAGCGUGGAGGAUGCAGGGUCAUCAGACUCCACAUCGAACGACAGUGAACAGCUGUCUUCAGAUGAUUCAGAUACAGCUGAGCCACCUCCAAAGGUUAAGCGAUUCAGGGCACGGAUUCCAACAGAUGAGAAGUGGUAUGUCCACUCCAGGUCGCAUUUGAUCCAUCGUUACGAUGGGGAUUGUCACAAUGAGAUUCGCUUCCUGGUGUGUGGAAAGAGACUGAACGACUCGUACAAGAUGUGUACGGAAGCAAGCGCAUGGAAUGUCCUGUGCAAGUCUUGCAAUAGAAGGUGA